AUAAUGGUGUCUAUUGUUUUCGGCGAUCGUCAGAAUAUGUUUAAGACAAUUCUAUGUCUCAACUUCUGGUUUUUAUCAAGCUUUGCUUACGUAUUUGCUGAUAAUAGGGAAAAAGUCAUAAGAUGUAUAGCUGGCAAUGUUACCAUGCAGUUUAAACCCGAAUUGGUAGAUGACACAGAGGUGAAGACUUACGUAUGGAACAAGGUCCGAGGCGUAAACAAAGAUCCAAGCUUUGCCAAGUUUGAACCUAGCGUUUCAUCACAGCUUGAGAUAUAUUAUAAUGAAGAGCACCAGGUUCAGAAUCGAUUGAUCCACUAUCCCGAUGAGCCUGCUACCUUAUACCUCACAAAUUUAAGGAAAAGUGAUCAACAGCAGUACACCCUCGCUCUUAGCUAUGUUGAUUAUAUUGGAACACCCACAGAAUAUAUUAUAGACCUAGAAGUACAAGAUGUUUGUUUUGAAAAACCAAAAGAAGUGGGCAAGUGUGCAGUUACAACAUGUUAUACAGGAGACAAUGGGGUACUGAAGACCCCAGAUGGCGCGAAGCAGACAGUGAUGGGAUAUAAACAAGUGAAGGUCUGUGAUGAAGCGACUUCAGGCAACUAUUCAUGCUGUAAUGCUGCAGGAACCUGUCUUGUUCAACCCUUACAAGAAUCCACAGAUCCUAAGGAACUGAUGAGUUGCAAAGAUGAACAAAUAGAUGGAAUAUUAUGGAAUACUGCUAUGGCGGGUAAAACUUUAAAGGAGCCGUGUCCUAGAUAUCAAAAGGGAGUGGCAACAAGAUUUUGUGAUGAACAUGGAGAAUGGGAACCUCCUAACUUUAUCAACUGCACCAACGAAGCUUUAGUGAAUGCAUCGUCACUUUUGGAAAGUAUCAUCGGGAAUGAAACACAGGAUCAAAUAAGAAUCCAGGAGACAGUUAACUAUACUCUACAACUGAUGAAAAACCUGACAUCGUCAACAAAUGGAAUCGGUGCUGGUGAUCUGAGUUCGUCUCUGGGCGUUUUAGAGAAGAUUGUAACAGUAACCAACGCUACAGGAUUACCUAUCGAAAAAGAGGUCAUGUAUUUUUACGCUGUUAUUGAUAACAUUUUAUCGCCCAAUAACUCAAACUCUUGGACUACUGUAAGCAAAGAGACAGAAAAAGACCCCAGCUUUCUUUUAAAAAAUAUGGACCGUUUCAGCAAGAUUACACUCCAAAACGACAAUAUUACAACGACUAAAUUUAACGGAUCUAAUUUUGAGCUUGUUAUCAACCGGGCAAAUAUCGAUGAAACGGGAAUACGUUUUCCGGAUGAACAAUCAAACAACGUUUCUCUAAACUCCGAAGAACUUUCUACCUUUCUAAAAUUACCAAAACAAUCAUCAAACGCUACAAAAGCGAUCAACUAUGUUGCUGUCCUAUAUAGAACAAUCUCAGACAUUCUGGGAUCUGAUUCUAACAGUAAAGGGUUGAAAGGUAAACAGGGGGAAAAGUCUAAGCAAAGAUCCUUUGUCAAUUCCCCAAUAUUGUCCAUCACGACACAGGAAGACCAAGGAGUGUUAAAUCCACCUCUCAAUCUAAAGUUUGGACACACUGUAAAAAAUACGUCUACAGAAAUGCGCGCUGUAUGUGUCUCCUGGGAUUUCAAUCUAAAUAAAUGGUCAGAGGAAGGAUGCAUUGUGAAACAAACAAAUCGUCGGAAAACUGUUUGUCAUUGCAACCAUCUCACAAACUUUGCUAUUUUAAUGAGACCAUACACUCAGGUAUCAGAAGAAAGUCCAUUCUUAAAAACGAUGUCACUUGUUGGCGUAGCUCUCUCCAUAGCUUUUACGUUUCUUACUUCUUUGAUUUACGUCCUGACAUGGAGAUUUAUAAGGAGUGACAAAAACGUCAUGAUGCUGAAUAUAUGUGGAUCGUUAAUACUGUCGUAUACAAUAUUUAUAUCGUCAGUGGAACAGACAUCGAAUGAGGUUGCUUGCGUCGCGAUAACGGCCAUUAUCCACUACCUUUUCUUAGUGACCUUCUUCAGUAUGCUUGGAUUAGGUGUAUAUUACUUCAUGAGUAUUACAGUGACUUACUAUGCCCUGUAUGUUGCAAACAACUUCAAGUCUAAAUCAAGGGUUCGUUGGUUUCUGGGUGGAAUCUGGGGUAUACCGGUCAUUAUUACUGCAACAAAUCUUGGAGCGUUUUGGGGUAAAGGAUACCACCUAAAGUCGUACUGCUGGUUGUCCAUCGAAAGUGGCUCUCUCUAUUUGUUUAUCAUUCCAGUCUGUCUGAUUUGUUUGAUCAACAUUCUUAUAAUUGUUUCACUUUUGAGGGUGUUGUUUGCUUCAAGCAUAGUGGCAAGGUCUUCACUGCAGAGGAAAGCGUCAUCCGGUCUGCGGUCACUCGGAACACUUCUGCCAGUUCUAGGAGUGACUUGGCUGUUCGGAAUCCUGGCAGUUAACGAACAUGCAGUUGUGUUUCAGUAUCUAUUUGUCAUUGCAAAUUCAUUCCAGGGGUUCUUCAUUUUUGUUUCACACGUUUUGUUGGACAAAAAGGUGAGGCAAGGCAUAUGGAAUAGAUACCCGAGUUUGAGUACAAUAUUGAGUUUUACUGAGCGAGGGACAAAAGAAACUACUCUUAGUUCACAAAGCCCGUCGACAUCUAAAUCAAAUGAACCAUUGAUGAAACCUAAGAAAAAGAGUUUGCUUAAAAGAUUUCGGCAAACCAAAGUGAAGAAGUCUGCGUUAUCAAUGUCAGAAAAAACGAUGUCUACAAGUUGUCCACAAAGUGUUUCUCAUGCAAAAAGAAAUGAAACAAAUUCUGAUUAAGCUUCUAAUUUGUGAACGAAAAGAGAAAUGUCGCAGACCGAAGAGGACAAUUUUUUUUAACAUAAGUUAGCUGUAAAAUGUCUAAUGUACAAAUUUUCUUUACCUAUUACUAGGAUGUAACACUAUAUAAAUAGUGCCUGUUUGGAGAGGUAACAUUUGAAAUCGAUACCCUGAGAAAACCUGGUUUCCCCUGGUUUUACCCUGGUUUACGAGGGAUGUCAAAUUACCCUGAGUUUUGAAAUGAAUUACCCUGGUUUCUGAGGGAUGUCAAAUCCAGCUGUUACCCUUCCAAACAAGCACUAUCUAUUUUAUUAUGUCGAAUGUCUUAUAUUUUUAAGAAAACUUAGUUGCUUUUAUGUAGAAAUGACGUGAAUUCUACGUCAAACCAUACGCACAUAAUUUACGCGCAUGUAACAAUUCGUUGUGUUAUUCGUUGCCAGGUGUGUUGCUAACGCUAAUGGUAAUAGAACGGAUUAUCAACUGCGUCUUGACCAAUCAGUAUUUAACAUGAACGUAUAAGAAAUUAAUUUAUGUUGUAUGCAAUAGGAAUGGUUUAAAUGCAUUUCUACUAUAGAUUUCUCACAGUGUAUUACUAAUCUUAGUAUGAAUCUUUCGGUAUGAGAUCUUUUAUAUUGUCCUAUAGAAAGCAUUAGGAAUUUAGUUCCAUUUUAACAAUAGAUUUUAGUUACAUUGAAACAUAAGAUUAUAUUUAAAAACAAGUAAUAUUAUUGUGUCUGCUCUAUUAAUGCUUACUUUUACAUGCACUUUAUCUGCCAUUUGAUUUUUUAAAACAAUCCAUAAGCAACU